AUGGGGUUUGGUAACCCCUAUGGCGAUGCCUAUGAUGAAGAAAUUGUUUUCGAAUGGGUCAAUCGACUUGUGGCGCUGGAUAUCGGUAUCAUCUCACUGGCAGAUACGGUCGGGAUAGCUACGCCGGAACAGGUAUUUGACAUCACCAAUUACCUCGUUGAGUCCUUACCGGGGACAGAGAUCGGUGUUCAUCUGCAUUCGACACCAGCAAACUGGAAAGAAAAGAUGCAAGCCGCACUUAACGCCGGGUGUAUCCGUUUUGAUGGCGCAUUGAAAGGAAUCGGAGGUUGCCCGAUGGCGGAUGACGAACUUGUAGGGAAUAUGAAUACCGAAUGGAUGAUUGAGUUACUCGAAAAACAACAAAUAGCUCCUUCAAUAAACCAUAGGGCACUUGAAGAAAGUCUCGCGAAGGCAACCAUCAUUUUUCCCAGUUAA